AUCAGCUCACUAUCCGCCUUCAAUCAAUUCCCACCUUCAAUGUUGGUGUUUCCACAUUUAUGCUUAUUUUAGAAUAAAGAUCACAUUAGAGUUAGGUAAGGAUGUGCAACUGUCCAGGCUGGUCACGAGAAUUACAUUCCAAUACCGAAAGACAUCUUAGGUCCAAUGAUUCGACGAACAACACAUUCGAUCCAGAAUGGUCCGGUCCAAAUGUCAAUUCGAUCCAUUUUCCUUCAAUAUUUAGAAAAUUCAUGGGACCAACCACAGGACCAUACUAUAUUCGGUUCGAUAUGCCUGUUCUGAUACAACUGUCGUUUGUUACGGUGCGUCCAUUACGGUUCAAACUUUUGCACACCCCUAAAGUUAAGUAUCCAUUUUUUUUUGUUACCCUAUGUAAAAGAUCUAAUUUAAACUCGAACUAAAAAAUUGGGUACAAUCUAUCCAAAAGUGAUAUUAUCUAAAUUUGAUUUUCACUCGCUAAUCCUUAUUAAGUUAGCAUAUAGUCCAUAGUGAUAAUUGUCAAACACUCCACUUGGGAUGCUCAGGUAAUAGUGUACAAGUUAACAAGGCAAGUAAUGGUCUAAUGGAUGAUGUAUGUGAUGGGGUGAUUUUGUGCGAGAUAGUCGGCUUAUUUGAACAGUUUCACUGAGUUUGUGUAUACAUUUCAGGAAGCGAAUCAGACUGCUCAUUAUGUAGCACAACAAAUCUUAUACUAUCUUUAUCAUUCUAAUGCAUUUUUUUUAAUGUUUUCUCAUAUCUACUCUAUUUUUUAGUGAGUGAUAUUGAGUACUGUAAUGAUUGUGUCGCAUUCACUCUUUAUACUUUCAAUUUUCUUUUCCCCCUUUGUUGUGACGUUUCUCAAAUAUUCUUGGUUAAUACUUUCAUUAUCCGUCCAAUUUUCUCCUUCUUUUUCAUUCUCUCCUUUACUUUCUUCCUUUUUCGUUAAACACAAAUAUGAGCAUGACACGAGCACGAGUAGGCACGACACGAUUCAGACCGUGCCCUGAUCCGGACCUAGUCUUACAAAAGUAACAAAUGGGCUUGUACGACACGACACGAAAACUGACGGACCGUGCCAAAUACGACACGAAAUAAAUAGGCCUGAAGCGUGCAUGUGUCGUGCUAGCCCAAGCACGACCGAGCGCCCAUGUACAGUUUAUCCCCAAGGAUAUGGAUCACAACGAAGAUAUUGUCAAACACUUGUUGAUAACACCGUCAAUCAACAAACACCAUUACUAAGUGGGCACCGAAAAAUUAACGAACCUCGAGCUCAUUCACUACUAAUGGUGAUCCUGCUGUGAAAACUGAGGCUUGGAGUGCUAAUAAAGAUGUGGAGAGCGAAAAAUAAGUAUCGUUCAUGAGAUUCAAACUCGGAAACUUAAAACUGAAACCCAAUUAAACAAUCACUCGGCCACAACCUCAUUCGCGACAACCACCCACUAGUUGGUUUCCGGUUUCCAUAUCAAAGAAGGAAAAAAAAAAACCCUCCAAUUUGGUGGGCGCCAUUGUUAUUGGUGUCCUUCCCAGUCCCACUGGCCAGGCCACUACUACUCUCUCAAGAGUCAAGUCUCAUCCUCGUCUGAAUUUUCUUUCUACUCUUUUCACAUUUGGUUUCCGCCUCGCAACCAUUUUUUUUCCACAGCUGACGGAUGAUGGGAAAACGAGACCAUAAAAGCCGGCCGGCCGCCACCCUCUCCCCACUCCCCAACUACAAAACCCCUCCAUCCCCCACUCCCUUCCCUCCCAAAACCAAAAAAAUGGCUGUUCGUCACAAUCCACUCCUCCUCCUCUUCCCCCUCCUCCUUCUCUUCUCCUCCGUGAACGCGCGCCUCCAUCUCAACCGCUCCGACCACCGCACCUUCUCCGCCCUCCGCCGAGACUUGGGUUUCACAAACACCACCACUUCCUCCGUCCCCCCCUGCAACCUCCACGGCGUCUUCUGCGAGCGCCGCACGUCUCCCUCCGACGAGCUCAGGAUCACCAGGCUGGUCUUCAAAUCCCAGUCCCUCUCCGGCACCCUCCCGCCGGCAAUCGGUCGGCUCACCGAGCUCAAGGAGCUCUCCUUCCCCAACAACCGCCUCGCCGGCCCAAUCCCCUCCGAGAUAGCCAAUUGCAGGAAGCUCGAGAUCCUCGACCUCGCCGGCAACCGAUUCACCGGCGAAGUCCCGCCAGGGGUUUCGUCCCUCCUCCGUCUGCGCGUCCUCAAUCUCGCCUCCAACAAAUUGACUGGCGAUCUGGGUUUCCUGAAGCACUUCCCCAAUCUCGAAACCCUCUCCCUCGCCAACAAUUUCUUCACCGGGCAAGUCCCCAAAUCGAUUCGCUCCUUCCGCAACCUCCAAUUCCUCGACCUCUCCGGUAACCGGUUCCUCCAGCAGCUGGAAACCGACUCGCCUGCCGCGCUGAAAUCCAAUUACCCGAAUCGCUACAUCUUAGCCGAGGACGACGACGACGAAAGCGCGGCAAUUCCUCCUAGAUCGGCGAAUUCCGAUUCCCCAGCUUCCGCUCCGACUUCCUCGAUGAGUGCCGGCGCGGGAGCUCCAGGGCCGUCCCCUGUGAUUCCCCACAGACGGCGCCACAACAAGGGGAAGAAGAAGCUAGCCGGGUGGCUACUCGGCUUCCUCGCCGGAGGCAUCGCCGGGAGCAUAUCAGGGUUCGUGUUCUGCGUCCUGUUCAGGAUGAUUCUCGCCGCAAUUCGAGGGGGAGGCAAAAAUGGCGGCCCCGCAAUCUUCAGCCCCAUGAUUAAGAAAUCGGAAGACCUAGCUUUCCUGGAGAAAGAAGACGGUCUGGCUUCAUUGGAGAUCAUCGGCAGAGGUGGAUGCGGCGAAGUUUACAGAGCGGUGUUGCCCGGCAGCGACGGGAAAUUGAUCGCGAUCAAAAAAGUAUCCCAACCGUCCAAAGACGCCGCCGAUUUGACUGAGGAGGACUCGAAGCUGAUGAACAAGAAGAUGAGGCAGAUCAAAUCGGAGAUCGGCACCGUGGGCCAGAUCCGGCACAGAAACUUGUUACCACUUCUGGCCCAUGUAACUCGGCCCGAUUGCCACUAUCUGGUCUACGAGUUCAUGAAGAACGGCAGCUUGCAGAACAUACUGGAAGAGGUGUCUCAGGGGAGAAGAGAGUUGGAUUGGCCAGCAAGGUACAGGAUUGCUCUAGGGAUAGCAGCCGGGCUCGAGUAUCUUCACAUCAACCACAGCCCCAGAAUCAUCCACAGGGAUCUGAAGCCGGCCAAUGUCCUUCUCGACGACGACAUGGAGCCUCGGAUUGCUGAUUUCGGGCUGGCGAAAUCGAUGCCCGAUGCCAACACGCACAUCAGCACGUCGAACGUUGCAGGAACGGUGGGGUACAUUGCGCCCGAGUAUCAUCAGACGCUGAAGUUCACUGAUAAGUGUGACAUCUACAGCUUCGGGGUGCUGCUUGGCGUUCUGCUGAUCGGAAAGCUUCCAUCGGAUGAGUUCUUCCAGCAUACCAGAGAGAUGAGCCUGGUGAGGUGGCUGAAGAACGUCAUGACGUCUGAGAAACCCACUCAGGCGAUCGAUCCGAAGCUGAUGGAGAAAGGGUACGACGAGCAGAUGCUGCUGGUGCUCAAGAUCGCGUGCUUCUGUACCAUGGAGGACCCGAAACAGAGGCCGAAUAGUAAGGAUGUGAGGGUUAUGUUGGAUCAAAUCAAGCACUAGUGUGUCUUCUUAGUUACGGUGGUCUGAAAGUGCCUGCUACUGCUCGAAUAAGGCGCUAGUUUGUCU